AUGGAUACUAGCGACACCGAGGGAGACGCGGCUGAUCCCGACGACAGGCCGACAUGUAUCACACCCCCUGCGACAGGGCUUCAGUUUCUCCGCGCUGUGCAUGCAGAUAACGCUCGCGAUGAGGAGGAGCUGGCCGAUGGCGGUACCGAAUGGAUUCGCCGUCCUGGCAAGGAGAGUGGCGGCAUGGAAGAUGCGUACGACGAUUGGUGUCCUUCUCCGCGCCCGAUGAAUGACGCUGCUGAGUCCGACGGUGUUGAGGAGUGGAUCGCCUCGCCGCAAAACGAGGUUGCUGCAGAGCCGGCCGAAACGGUUGCAACGCAGGUCGUCGAUGCGGCCACUCCUGAGUCAUCCUUUUCAGUCGCUUCUUCGAAGCGGCGGUACACACAGCAGGUUUUGCAGUGGGGAACAGCGCCUCCGAAGCCCGUCGCUCCACCUCCCCGUGCUGCCCCACCCCCCAUUCGUCCCCUUACAGACGAGGAGAAGAAGGAGAAGGCGUACCUGAAGGCGCAUAAGAGCUACAAGUCUGAUUGGCUGCCGAAGUUUGACUGGCUGAUUAUGGACAAGACGCCAGAGGGUGACCCGUGGAGGUGA